AUGUCUUUUCUGUAUAUUGGUAGAAUCUCAAAAAACUUUCAAACGCCGGAAAUUCUGGACACACACGGAUUUGAAGUCUCAAAUUUCGACGGUAUAGAGAUAAGCCACUGGGGGAAUUAUUUCGUUUUUACAUUUUUAAAAUGUUUUAGUGACUUUGAAACUAAUGUGGAUAACAUUAUAGUCGUCACUACAAGAAAUGUAUCUUCAACCAUCAGUAUCAUUUGUAUGGAGACGAAUGAAACAUGGGAGGUGUCUCUGGAACCUUUUGAAGAAUAUAAACUACAUUUAAACAGUUCUGUCACUGCUAUUCCAUUUGGUGAAAUAUUACCACGAAAAGCGAUAGUUGUCAUGGCGUCGACAAAGGUGUCAGUAUACGGAUUUAGUGCGAAUGGUUCGUCAGUUGAUGGAUUCUUAGUCAUACCUGUAGCCGGACUUGGAAAUGAAUACCGAACAGUGAGUCCGGUGACAUAUAGGGCAACUCACUCAUAUCCUGAGGGUGGUCCUCAAUUUGCAGUCGUAGCAGUUGAAGAUGAAACUAACCUUACCAUAACAUUUACAAUAAACAAUAGGUGUAUUAUAAAUAAACAACAUAGAUGGAACAUAGGACAGCUGAAAACAUUUACCUUGUCAACUUACGACGUACUGAAUAUAUGGUGUGCUUCGGAUACUACUGGGUCUCUAGUGCAGUCAAGUAAACCAGUGGCUGUGCUUAGUGGUAGUAUAGCAGUUGCAAUACCAAUAUCUGCUUACCCAAACCAUGUCGUGGAAAUGCUUCCGCCCACCAAAGAUUAUGGCUAUCAGUGGGUAGUACAAGCACCAACCGGAACAGACUAUUCUUCUAUGUACCGAAUAAUAUUUCAUGAAAAUAAUACGACUAUAUCAUUUUACGACCCACCUGAGAUCUUUUAUCCUGGAGACUUCAUAGACGUCGAGAUAGAAAAUGAUGAUAAGCAACAGUUCUGUUUCAGCACCAAUAAACCGGUUUUAGUUGUACUGAUAAACAGGGGUACGAAUGAACCUAGUUCCACAUAUCAAUAUCAAGGCGAAGCUUACAUGAGUAUUAUCCCCCCUUAUGAAAAGUAUGGAAAUUAUUACGUCGUCCCAUAUGGUUUAAUCACAAAUGCUACAGAUAGGUUGGCUAUAAUAGGAUACACUGAGUAUAGACAUCUAUUAGUACCACAAGUAACUCCAUAUGAAUCGGUUGAACAUUGUGAUGAUGUAUUCGAAACAUCAAUAGUGUCAUUGCCAUACUCGUCACAGGUAAAAAGCUCAGUGUACCAUUGUGCUCAACCAUUCGCUGUUUUAAUGUAUGGAUAUAAUGUAAAACUUGGGUAUGGACUUCCGGGAGGAUUUAACGUUACUGACACUUCAGGUGAAGAAGAGUGUUUGAGUUCACCAUGUUUAGAUAAUGGUUGGUGUAUAGAAACUAGUUUAUCUUUCUUUUGUUAUUAUGCAGAAAUGACAACUACAACAGCCAACUACAAUUCAUCUUACGUCACUGAAUAUUCAACAACCGAAUCGACGAUCUCAGACACGCCUUCUUCUACAACCGAAGACACAAGUACAACAAAUGAUGUAACGACUAAUAACACAACGGAGGAAGCAUCAAAUACCACUGGUACGGAAUCAAAUCUGACUACCACACAAAUUCCAAAACUCACAAAAUAUCCCACAACAACUAAUUCUACGACAGUCUCUAUUUCUGAAUUUCGAAGGAUUUAUUUUCUGUGUGAAUGCCCGUGCGUCAAUCGCCUGGACACUACAAAGAACUUGCUUAUUCAUGAAGAAGAACAGAAAAAGAACAUCCUGAGCAAAGCUAAUUUAUCAAAGACACAACGAGAGAAAACGAGUGCUGACAAUAUAACUAAGGCCGAGCAAGAUCUAGGUUUCACUGCUGUUUUUAUAAUGACAUCUAUAUGCAGUAUAAUAGUAUUGUUAGACCUCCUAAAGCUAGCGGGCUGGAUAAGAGGAUAUAUUUGCAGGCGAAAACAAACUUUGGAAGAAUCUCAACAGCGAAGCUGGUGA